UUGACAGUUGAAGAAAUAACGAAUUCAACAAAUCGAUUUUUUGACAAUUUUGACAUUUGUUUUGCCCAGGCCGAGUAGUUGCAAACGAAGACGUGUUGUUUGUUGUUUGUAUUAUGUCGCUAGAGGGCAUCGACAGAAACUAUAAAAUUCCCAAAAGAAAAUCCGACGAAAUGACGACUGACUACUCUAACGGCGGUAGUAAUGGCUAUAAUGCUUACUCCAGCACCGAUAGCCCGGUCUUGGCUGGUUCUUAUUAUAACUAUUACGAGACCCCUGGGUUGUACGGCCCUUGGCAACAACAAGGGGUAGUAUACCCUACUCAGUACCCUGUAACACCAACCCCAACAAACACAACACCUGUAGUGCCCAUAACACAGAAUAUUUACAACGCCCUGUCCAACAUCCAAGAAAAACCGAAGAAUUAUAAGAGGAACAUCUUUAAAGAAGUCGUUCCUGAUGUGGAUGACACUACUUUACCCAAAGAGUUGACGUCGAUGUUUCAGCCUUUGUACUGCAAGUUGUGCACUGCCCAACUUAGCAGUAAUGUUAUGGCAAAGUUGCACUAUAAAUCGAGGAAUCACGAGAAAAAAGUAAGGAAGUUCCUUAUAGAACAUUCGCAGAAGACUGGCGAGCCUUUGCAUAAGAGGGCAAAAGUAACGGAAACAGCAAAAGUGGAGGAGGAUAAAAAUCCUGCAUGGUUUCAUUGCGACAUGUGCGAUUUACCUUUAACUGGCAAAUUGCAUGCAGAAUCACACUACAUGGGUAAAAACCACCAAAAGGCACUGCUAGGUUAUCGACCACCUGCUGGCAAAGGCUACUACAAUGAAGAAGGAAAAUGGGUGAGACAGGGUUCGAAAAAAGGACUGUCCCUACCCGAAGGCGAGGAUGGUUUUGGUGUGGACUUCAGGAAAACCGAACCUGAAGCACCUAAACCGGUAGCCGUCCCGGCUACAGUAACUACAGUAACAGCGACAAGUGUCAGUAGUUCAAAGUCAAAAUUCCACUGCGAAAUUUGUAACGUAGCUGCUACGUGCCAGGAACAAAUAGAGAUGCACUAUAAGGGGCAGAAACACCAGAAGAAGAUGAGGCAGCUGGGACUUACUCCUGCCAAUUUCUUUACCAACGUGCAGCCCCAGAAGUCAGAUGCUGAAGUUGCCAAGCCGCUGGAUAAUAUUAACUUAUCCGUGUACCGUACGCCUUCCGGCGAUUUUUACUGUCCCUCUUGUAACCUUACGUUGAAUUCCGAACCCCAGUUCAAGAUUCAUCUCCGGAGCAAGGGCCACCUCAAGAAGCAACAGAAACAGUAGGGACUAGUUCACACGGGAAUCUCCCGAAACUGCAUAUUCUCCAAAACUUACCAGCACCAGUUAUCUAUAUUUACACUUCAAGGGUUUAGAUGGAUUCCUCAUCUUUUUUUUUUAAUUAGAGAAGUGUGUUCUGAUGAAGCUUUUUCCAGGAAUGGUACUACUACGAUGUAUGUAUAAUGUAAUUUUUGUUUAUAAGAAAGAUAUUAAAGAAAAAUA